AUGGCUCGCCAACCCUCUCUCGACUCUGAACGUCCCAUUAUGGCUCAAUCGAACCGAAACUCGAAGCGAUUCUCCACCAUCAGUGGAAGCCCCUCGCUGGCUGCCUCCGAUCGCACAAACGGCACUCUACCCAGCGGCGACCCCAGAAUCGCUGACAUCUACCACCUCCACGAUGGCUUCGAGCGCCUCGAGAACAAGCCUCUCACCAAGCAGCGAUUCGUCCCCACAGAGGAGAAGUCAAACAACUUGAACAAACUCGCUCUUGGGGCUAAGGUCGAGCGCGCUCUCGGCCGGAGGAUGACUGGCCAAGACGCUGUCAUGCGCAAGCCUCUCUCUGAGAAGAAUGAGGUGCGGACUGACUAG